AUGUCUGCUUGGAAUAAUACUACCGUCGACAGCGACAGCGACGGCGAUGAACGCGUUUACCUCUCCGACCCCUAUGCUGCCAGACGCGAGCAGCUCCCGCCAAUGAUGCCCAGCUUUCCUCACCGACAUGGAUCCCCCAGCUCUCACACUGCGUCUAGUCGCAUGAUCAACCAAGUACAAUCAUCAUACGUGGAUCCUCGAGCACCAAAGAGCCCGGCUUCAAUGUAUUCACCGACGUCCUUGCAGCAGUAUGCCAUCUUCCCUGGUGCCCCUCGUUCACUCGCACCUGCACCCUCUGCCAGUUCGUUUAGCCACGCGCAGGAGCAGAAUUCGAAUUUCAAUUACAGUCACUCACCCACUCUACAUCCUACAAGCGCCGCUAGUUCGAAUGCCGGCAUGUCGACCACAUUACCCAGUGCACAUUCAUACCCAGACGCCCAUACAAAUGUGGUGGCAGAUAUAAACGCGAACAACGCCAACGGUAGCAAGAAACACGUGUGCUCCCUUUGCCCAGCGGCUUUUGAGCGUCGUUACGAUCUCAAGCGACACAUGGGCACGCAUCUAGAUCAAAAAGAAUUCGUUUGCUCUGGUUGUAACAAGGCGCUUGCUCGCAACGACUCUCUCCAACGCCAUCAGUCCGUCUGCAAGGCCCGGCCACCUUCAGCAGGUCCAUAG